AUGGCUUUCCGGCUUGCCCUAGCCUUCACUCUUGGGCUCGCUUUGUUCAAGGCAGCAUUUGCUCAAACCUACAAUGAGCUCUACCGUCCUCAGUAUCACUUUACUCCAGCUGAAAAGUGGAUGAAUGAUCCCAACGGUCUUUUAUAUUAUAAUGGGGCCUACCAUCUGUACUAUCAGUACAACCCAGGAGGAAACACCUGGGGAGCCAUGUCUUGGGGCCAUGCCACCAGCACUGAUCUGACUCACUGGAAUCACCACCCCGUUGCCCUCCUUGCUCGUGGCUACCCAGGUGACAUCACAGAGAUGUUCUUCUCUGGCUCUGCUGUCGCCGAUACCCAGAAUACAAGCGGAUUUGGUACUAAUGGAAAGGUGCCAUUUGUUGCAAUGUAUACUUCUUAUUACCCUGGUACCCAGAAUCUACCCAGUGGGAAAUCAGUCAAUGGUGGGCAGCAAGCGCAGUCAAUUGCCUACAGUUUGGACGAAGGCAUAACAUGGACUACCUACGACGCCGCCAAUCCUGUCAUUCUCAACCCUCCCGCCCCAUAUGCAGACCAAUGGCGGGACUUCCGAGAUCCAUUCGUGUUCUGGCACGAAGCCAGCCAGAAGUGGAUCUCAGUGGUUUCGCUGGCUCAACUCCACAAGUUGCUUAUUUACACCUCCCCGAACCUUAAGGAUUGGACUUAUGCCAGCGAAUUUGGCCCUUGGAAUGCAGUAGGAGGUGUGUGGGAGUGCCCUAGCCUCUUUUCACUUGCUGUUGACGGAGAUGACACCAAUACCAAGUGGGUUAUGCAAAUCGGACUCAACCCUGGCGGGCCCCCCGGAGUUACCGGCUCAGGGGUGCAAUACAUUGUGGGAACUUUUGAUGGAAACAAAUUUGUUGCGGAUCCCAACUCUCCGCCUCCGGCGUCUACAUCCACCAGUACCACUACCUCAGUACCCACCACUUCCACUUCCACAACGACAACUACAACUGCAACCGCAACUGCAACUGCAACUGGAGACAUCGUAUUUCAAGAUUUUGAAGGUACUGGUGACCUCGCGUCUCGCGGCUGGGUGGCCACUGGAGGUUUGCUUGGGGCUGCUCCCGCUCAAGGGUCUCUUGCCGGACAACAAACCGUCACUGGAUACGCUGGAAGUCAGCUGAUCAAUACUUUUUUAAGCGGAGACUCUACAGCUGGCACGCUCACAUCCCCCGCUUUUACCAUAUCACUUCCAUAUAUCACUUUCCUUAUUGGUGGUGGGAAUGCUCCGGGCACGGAAUGCAUCAACCUGAAGGUCCAAGGCCAGGUUGUACGGACGGCGACAGGCGCGAAUGUGGAACAGCUUAUACCCAACAGCUGGGAUGUCACAGACUUGAUGGGUCAAAAUGCUGUGCUUGAGAUCGUGGAUCAGCAAACAGGUGGUUGGGGACACAUAUUGAUCGAUCAGAUUAUCUUCACAGGCAGUACCAGCACCAACAACCUCCCCAAACGCAGUGAUACUAGCGAUACUUGGGAUUUCAAUGGUGCUAGCACUUUUACGGACUAUGGUUGGACUGCCACUGGAGAUUUGCUUGGAAAAGGGCCAGCCCAGGGCACACUUGCAGGACAACAGGUUGUGACUGGGUAUAUGGGGAACUUCGUCAACACAUUCUUGAGCGGAGAUGCUACCACUGGAACACUCACGUCCCCCACGUUCACCAUAACUGAGAAGAAGAUUAACUUUCUUAUCGGUGGCGGGAAUGCUCCGGGCACGGAAUGCAUCAACCUGAAGGUCCAAGGCCAGGUUGUGCGAACGGCUACAGGCGCUGAUGCAGAACAACUCAUACCAACAACCUGGGAUGUCACGGAUCUGAUAGGCCAAUCUGCGGUUAUCGAGAUCGUUGAUCUUGGCACGACUGGCUGGGGGCACAUUCUGAUCGAUGAGAUAUCCUUCUCAAACAUAUCAAUUGAGCCAUAUGGACCCAGCUGGAUGGACUAUGGGCCAGACUUCUACGCCGCAACAACGUUCAAUGGAUUAGCAUCCACAAAUCGAAUUGAUAUUGCGUGGAUGAACAAUUGGCGAUAUGCUAGCGCAAUCCCCACUUCUCCAUGGCGCAGCAUGCUAUCAGUUGCCCGGAAGCUUUCGCUCAAGACGAUCGACAACAGGCCAAGACUGAUCCAGCAACCUACGGCAAACUGGACCAGUCUACAGACAACAACGUAUUCUAACAGCUUUGAUACGGUGGCUGAAGGCAAUCAGCUCGUACAACUCUCCGGAAAAUUGCUUGACAUCACAGUGGCCUUUUCAGACAGAGUUGCAGCGUCAUCCUCAUCGAAAUUCGGCAUAAUUCUCAGGGCAACCUCUGACCUAGCACAGCAAACACGAAUUGGCUAUGACUUUAGCACAAAAAGCCUUUUUGUUGAUCGAACGAAAUCUGGAAAUGUUGGUUUUGACGGGACAUUUCCCAGCACCUAUUUUGCUCCUUUGGCGCCCUCCGGUGAUGGACAAGUCACAAUGCGCAUUCUUCUUGACUGGUCCUCCGUUGAAGUCUUUGGAGGCCAGGGUGAGGUCACAAUAUCCGCUCAAAUCUUUCCUCAGGACAAUGGUGUUGAUAUCCGGCUUUUCUCCGGAGGCGGAAGUACAAAUGGUGUCACGAUUGAUGCAAUGGUGCUUGAUUCAGUUUAUAAUCCAUCCACCCCAGGUACUUCUCUCAGUACGAGCUCAACCUCCACCGGUACUGCCACCACCAUCAGUACCACCAGCACUACCUCUGUCGGUAACAGCCUAACCACCAGUACAAGAAUCGCCACUAGCGCUAGCCCUACAUCCACAGCGCCCUACGAUUUUCGUCCUGUUUUUCAUUUUGUGCCAGAAGAGAACUGGAUGAAUGAGCCUAAUGGACUGAUCAAAAUCGGCUCUACUUGGCACCUUUUCUUUCAACACAACCCAACUGGAAACUUUUGGGGCAACUUAAGUUGGGGUCAUGCCACUAGCACUGACCUUGUGUCCUGGGAUUAUAAACCGGUUGCAGUUUCGAGCGCAGAUGGGAUACAGGCUUUCACAGGGACCUCUUACUUUGAUGCAAUGAAUCAAUCGGGGCUUGGGACAUCAUCAAACCCGCCGUACCUUGCCUUUUAUACUGGCUACGCACCCUCAAGUGGCGUACAGGAUCAAAGGCUUGCGUAUAGCUUGGACCAGGGAGUGACUUGGAUUAAGUACCAAGGCAAUCCAAUCAUAUCACGAAGCCAAGAAGCGCCACAGGAUAUAACCCAGGGUCUGGAGAUACGUGAUCCAAAGGUGUUCUAUCACAGUCCGACAAGCAGAUGGGUCAUGAUUCUGGCGCACGGAGGACAAAACAAAGUAACGUUUUGGACAUCUACCGAUACAACGAACUGGAUCUGGAGAAGUGACUUCGCUGCAAGCGAUAUUGUGGGAUUCCCUGGUGGAGUCAACGGUUGGGAAGUGCCAGACUUUUUCGAACUUCAGAUUCAAGGUACUACGCAAAAUAAAUGGGUGUUGAUUGUGACCCCCGCCGCUGGAUCGCCUGCUGGUGGUAAUGGAGUCUUUGCACUCACUGGAUCCUUUGACGGCGAGGUAUUUACAGCAGACGCAGUUGAUCCCACCACUCUAUGGCUCGACUAUGGUCGCGAUUGGGAUGGGGCCAUGAGUUGGGAAAACGCACCUGCUUCGGACGGGCGCAGAGUUCUUGCUGCAGUUAUGAACAGUUAUGGCGUCAACCCCCCAACUAAUACGUGGAAGGGAAUGCUUUCAUUCCCUCGUACACUGGAACUCAAGCAACUCAAUGGCAAACUGCAAUUCCUCCAAUUGCCCGUGAGCGAACUAGACGCGGUCGGUGCUUCAGUUGCGACUAUCACGAAUCUGACUCUUGCACCUGGACAAACGUUGCUCUCCAACAUCCAUUCGCGGUCAUUGGAUAUCCGUAUUACGUUUGUUCCUGCCCAGGGCUCCAGAUUGUCUCUCUCCGUUCGGAAGGGAGGGUCUCAACAGACUGUGAUUGAAUAUGUCCAGUCCAACAACCAACUUUCGGUCGAUCGCAAUGCAAGUGGAAACACCUCAUAUGAUCCUGCUGCUGGCGGAGUCCACACGGUCGCUCUCCAGACCGAUGCAAAUGGGAAGGUGCAACUGCGAGUAUUGGUUGAUGAAUGCUCCAUUGAGGUUUAUGGCGGGCAAGGGGAGGCGGUGAUUUCUGAUUUGAUAUUCCCCAAUAUUUCCUCGGACGGCGUCGCUUUGUCCGCUAUUCAAGGAAACGUGGUAUUGGAAUCAGUCGACGUGCGCUCUGAGCUGGCUUUAUCAGCAAGGGAAUAA